UUCAGUUGAAUGAUAAGAUGUCAGAAUAGUAUGCUUGUCCACUGAGGAUCACUAACUGGAUUCCAAUUGCACUAUCACAAACAAGGAUUGCUCCUGGAGCUGAGGCUGGCCUCUCACCAUGUCAAGCGACACGGAAGCAACGAGUGUAAAUAAUCCGCCUGCUCAGCAACAGACACCAGUAAAACCACAACCUUCCAAAAAAGAGAAAAAGAAAGGAACAGAGAAGACCGAAGAAUUCCUUUUGGCCAGAUUUCAAGGUGAUGGUGUACGAUACAAGGCCAAACUGAUUGGUAUUGAUGAUGUUCCAGAAGCAAGGGGAGACAAGAUGAGCCAAGAUUCAAUGAUGAAACUAAAGGGAAUGGCAGUAGCAGCCCGUUCUCAAGGACAACACAAGCAGAAAGUAUGGGUGAACAUCUCCCUUGGUGGGAUCAAGAUCAUAGAUGAAAAGACAGGGGUGAUAGAGCAUGAGCACCCAGUCAACAAAAUCUCCUUUAUUGCUCGAGAUGUGACUGACAACCGCGCCUUUGGCUACGUUUGUGGAGGAGAAGGGCAGCACCAGUUCUUUGCCAUAAAAACAUCACAACAGGCUGAACCUCUAGUUGUAGAUCUCAAGGAUCUUUUCCAAGUAAUUUAUAACAUCAAGAGAAAAGAAGAAGAUGACAAGAAAAAGAAUGAAGAGGUCAAUAAAUCUGAGAAUGGUAGCGACGAAACAAGUUCUGAUCAAACGGGCAAUAUUAAGCUGGGUGUUGACCAGAUGGAUCUCUUUGGAGAUAUGUCUACUCCUCCUGACCUGAACAGUCCCACAGAGGAGGAUAAAGAGGUCCUCUUAGUGGAUUUAAACUCUGAAAUUGAGGUCCCUCCAGCUUCUCUCAAAGGGGAGGAUCUUUUCUUGAAUGACAUCACACCUUCCUUACCACUGCCAAAGCCGCAGCCACCUUUCUUGCCCGAAAAUGCUUUCUCUGCAAACCUGAGCUUCUUUCCUACACCCAAUCCUGACCCUUUCAGCGAUGAUCCUUUCACGCAACCUGACCAAUUGGCACGCCCCCCACUUGAUUCACCUCUCAAAUCUCCCAAUCAGAAGAUGGGGAACAGUUAUGUAAAUGGGGAUGUAGAUUACUUUGGGAAACAGUUUGACCAGAUCUCUAACCGGACUGGGAAGCAUGACAUUCAGGCCAGCCAGUGGCCUCUUGAGACGAAGCCCACCCAACUAGCAGCAAAGAUUCCAAAUGGGAUACCAGAGAGAGAACAGAAUGGUUUCACUGCCAAGUCCCCACUAAAUGUCUUCAUGGAGAGCUCUUCCAAAGGAUUACCUGUGCAAAAUGGAUUACGGCUAGACUCUGAUAGCACCAUCCAAGUGACGGCGCAUGACUCUAUAACGAUUAGCCCACCUCCACAGAGUUCCAAACCAGGAAGAGGAAGGAGGACUGUUAAGAAUGCAGCCAAUGACUUGUUUGGCUCUAACAUCUUUGCUCCUGGACCAUCCACAACAAGCACUCUGACCUCAGCAGCACAGCCUGUGCCUGUACAAACUAAUCCUCUAGACCUCUUCAAAACAAGUGCUCCUGUAGCAGCUCCCAUGCCUGUACUAGGUGGCUUGCCUACUGUAACUUCCCCUGCACCAGCAUGGGGUCUUCAAUCUGCAGCUUUCACCCAGCAGCCUCCGGUCUUUCCUGGAUCUGUUUUAGGUUCUCAGCCUGCAAGUUUUUCUCCACCAGUUGCUUUUGGUGCUCCUCCACAGGUUCAUACCUGGAACCAUACAACAUCUUUGGGAGGCCCAAUCCAGCCUCCAGAUUUCUGGGGUCAGUCUACACAUGUGUCUCCUCCUAAUGUUUGGGUGCAGCCAUCCAGCACUGGAAACCCUUUCCAAGCCAAUUUGUUCCCUUCCACAUUGGCAGCCCAGCCCCCAUCACUGUUGUCUUCCAUGUCAUCUGCUAGUCCUCCUCCUCAGCUGCCUCCCAGAACUGCGCCUCAGAAAGAGCAAGUCAAGAAGGAGAGUGAUGCCUUCACUGCUCUGGAUCCACUUGGUGAUAAAGAAAUAAAGGAUGUAAAAGAGAUGUUCAAAGACUUCCAGCUGACAAAACCACCAGCUGUGCCAGCAAGGAGGGCAGAGCAGCCGCAGCAAGUUCCACCAAAUCCUGUUCCCAGGCAAAAUGCUGUGUCACCAACCAAGCCUGCUGAAGUCUCAUUUGAAAAUCCUUUUAAGAUGGAUCCUUUUGCUGCUCCCGCACAAAAUUCAAUUACAGUUCAGCAGCCAUUGUCUUCUGCCCCAUUUGGUGACCCUUUUGGAAAUCCCUUUGCAUAGCCUUGAUAGAAUGGAGUGCAAAUUGAAUGCUAUGGCAAAAAGGAUGCAAGGAAUUACUGGACACCCCCAUUAUUGUCUUUGCUUUGUUCUUCAUUCUUCCUCCAGAUUCAUUCUACUGAAUCCUUCAAUCAUAAUCAUCUAAGGCUAAGGAGAGGAUCUUCUAGAGACCAAACUGGAACUGAUGGUGAACAUCAGCCUGUGUGGAUUUAUGUAACUGAGCACACUGUGUGUCUCCUAGUGCUUCACUUUCACUUCCGUCAAGGCUCAGAAAGAUUUAACUAUAAAUGAAUGUGAAUCUGAAUAUCCUCCUAGGAUGGACCCACCCCAGUUUGAAUCACCUUCACACAAGGGAGAGAGCCAUGAUCUGAACUUGUAGCACUCAGUCACUUAAAACAUAAAAUGAUCAAAUACUAUUGUAGGUUCCUUUUGGUUGUUCAGCAAGACUUUAAAGCUCCCAACACUCCAUUUCACAUCCACCCAAUUGGUAAAGGUGAAAGCAUGUCUGCGUUAUUAUGAAAGAGGCAACUAUUGUGUGUGGCUUCCAACUGUUGGGCUUCUACAUGUGUAAAUUAUUGGCUCUAAUGCUGAUACAGUCCAGUGGAAGUUCAGACACUCCUGCCAAUCUCUUGUGGUGAUUGAAAUGACUUUUCAGUUUGUUUUCUUAACACAGCUAGUGUUACAAAGUUGGCCUCUAGCAAAUCUUAUUCUAUAAGCAAAUCAGUGCUGAUCAAUGGAUGGAUAACAAAAUAGGCAGGCCUUCUUUUUACAAACUCAAUGGACACAAUGUUAGCAACCUGAAAGUGACUGUUACUCCAUUUAGUCUGUUAAAUAAAAUUGUAAUCUUGGCAAUCAAGGUAUGGUAUGACUAGAAUUACCUUCAGAGUGAAAAUGAACAAGACAAAGGUGAUGCCAGGAGCCGAGUGUCUCUCCAUAAUGGCACUUAUCACGACAAACUUGAAACAGUAUCCCUGUUUAAAUGUUUAGGUAAAUGCAAAUUUGGAGAUCUGCUUACUAGGCAAACCUUAAAUCUCAAGCAAUCUGUUCUACCAGACAGUUAUGCAAUCUGUUCUGUACAUACUGUGCUGCACUUUCAUAUAAUGCAAAAAAAAAAAAAAAGCUAUCAAUUAUAUGUAUUUGUCUCAGACUGGAAAUGUAGAAACUUGUGGAUUGUGUUACACUGUAAAAAGUAGUUGUCAAGUGUUCUGACAAUUAAAUGUAACUUCAUUUCAAAAGUGAUAUGUGCCCUUAAAAAUGAAAACAGCUUUA